GAGUCAGCCAAGUAUUUGUCGAACUAGUACAGAAUAGAGACCGUUGCUGGUCAGCUAGGAGUUGAUAAAAAAUAACAUCUUAGGAAACAUUCAUUAUCUUUUACAUCCCUCGCUUAUUUGUCGAGGAAUUCGUUUUUCGCCUUAGCAGAAUGUCAACUCCGGCACGACGACGUUUAAUGAGAGACUUUAAACGGCUGCAAGAGGAUCCUCCAGCUGGAGUCAGUGGAUCGCCAUCAGAAAACAAUAUCAUGGUUUGGAAUGCAAUCAUUUUUGGACCAGAGGGAACACCUUUUGAAGAUGGAACCUUCAAACUUACCAUUGAAUUCACAGAAGAAUAUCCAAAUAAACCUCCAACAGUGAGAUUUGUCUCCAAAAUGUUUCAUCCUAACGUGUACGCAGAUGGUAGCAUAUGCUUAGAUAUACUUCAGAAUCGCUGGAGUCCAACCUAUGAUGUUUCUUCAAUCUUAACUUCAAUACAGUCUUUACUGGACGAGCCAAACCCAAACAGUCCAGCCAACAGCCAAGCAGCCCAGCUUUACCAGGAAAACAAGCGGGAAUAUGAGAAGAGGGUUUCUGCUAUUGUUGAACAGAGCUGGCGUGACUGUUGACGGCGAGUCGCCGGCGUACGAACAGUGUGCACCACAGAAUCUAGAAAACCAUAAUCAAGACAUCAGAAACAGUCACAGCGCAACUUAAAAGAUCCUCCAGUAUAUUUUGUCCCUCUUACCGUUGCUCAGUUUGUAUGCUGUAGUCAUGUGGCAUUCACUGCUGCUGGAUUCUGUCAUUUGAAAGCAGAGCUGAAAGCUAAUGUACCUUGUUAUUUCUGGGUUACUUCUCAUAUGCCUUUUUAUUUUGAUAUUUAAUCGCUUUUCAUUUUCUCAAACAUGACCUCUCUGCUAGGUAAUUCAUCAAGUACCAACUGAACUAUAUGGAAGGCUGUUGUUUGGUUUGUAAAUACUGCCACUUUAUAUUUACAGAAAUAAAGCUUUUCUUUUUCAAUCUUCCCAAAA